UUACGUAGGCCUCACCACACCCAGAGGAACUGAGCCGAUUUCUGCUCCUCUGAGAGUUUGUGCAAUAAGACUCUGAGAAAGCAGUCACUUCAAGCCUCUCCAUCCUAGAGAGGGCAGAAGGACAAAGGUCUCCUGCUGGCACAAGGUCUGUCCUUUGUUGUGCCUCUGUUGGGCAGUGCCCACGGCCACACUGUUGAACAACAUUUCUUCACCAUUCCAGUGAGGGUGUAUGUAUGCCCGCCCCGCUUCUUGCCUGUUACUCUCCACAGUGUGCCAAGAAUGUCCCUGACUCCUCACCCUGUGCACCUUCUUUGCCAUCUACUGUUGCUACUAAUAGCCUUGGAGAUCGGGGUUGGUGAGUGUCCUGAGAUCACAAGACCAGGCUGAGGACAGGGAGGAGGAGGGAGAAAGGUUGGGGGUAGGUGACUGGGGCUUCAUUCAGGCUUCAGGCAAGUGGGUACCUGCUCUUAAGGAUGAGGUGAGGAAGAGGAUCCCUGGGACGUUACUCCUAGUUUGUGGGAGACCCCAGCCUGAGAUCCCAGGCCAGGCACUGACUCACAGGUGACAGCUCUACAGUGCUACCUCCCACCUUCUACUCCAGGACCCUUUCCUGAACACCCAGGACCCAGGAGGAAUUUGGUAUGUGUCCCAUAAUAAAUGCCUCUUUUUCCUUUUUGUUGAAUGUCCUAUGUGUUCUGCUAGAUUUGAAGUCUCAGGAGGUCACAAACUGGCUUGUCUGCUUUGUACCUCGGAACUUGGUAGAGGUUGCUAAAAGUAUCUGUGACAUGAAUUCUCCUGUUAACGCUGUUAACACUAAGUGGACCCCAGAGGUCCCUGGUACCAUCAAGUAUCUCCCCCCAGAGAGUCAAGGGGAGACGGGAGCAGAGAUCUGGAAGGUUGAAGGAGUCUGGGAUGGAGCUGUCCCCUCUGCCAGCCUGGCCGCGGUCCAGGAAGUCUGGGGUCAGAGAAGCUCAGGUUCUAAUGGGCCUCUUCCCCUGUCCUGGACCUCACCUGCGUUUUUCUUUCACAGGUGCUCACUCUCUUCGCUUUGACUUUGCUAUAAAAUCAUGGUCCAGACCAGGGCAGCCCUGGUGCAAAGCGCAGGUCUUCAUGAAUAAAAAUCUUUUCCUUCAGUACAACAGUGAAAGCAACAUGGUCAAACCUGUGGGCCUCCUGGGGAAGAAGGUAAAUGCCACCAGCACAUUGGGAGAAUUGACCCAAAAGCUGGGAGAAGUGGGGAGAAACCUCAGGAUGCUCCUUCUUGACAUCAAACCACAGAUAAACACCAGUGGUCCUUCCACUCUGCAGGCCGAGAUGUUUUGUCAGCGUGAAGCAGAACAAUGCACUGGUGCGUCCUGGCAGUUUGUCAUUAGUGGAGAGGAAUCCCUCCUCUUUGAUGCGAUGAACAUGACCUGGACAGUAAUUAAUCAUGAAGCCAGCAAGAUCAAGGAGACAUGGAAGAAAGACAGAGGGCUGGAAAAGUAUUUCAGGAAGCUCUCAAUGGGAGACUGCAAUCACUGGCUCGGGGAAUUCUCAGAGCACUGGGAGGUGAUGCCAGAACCAACAGUGUCACCAGUAAACGCAACAAACAUCCCCUGGUCUUCCUCUAGCCAACUAACUCCAGUGAUCAUCCUGGGGGCAUUAGGCAUCGCAGGAAUUUGCAUCUACAUUAAGUGCCAAAACAGAGGAGUGGAAGGUGGUGUCUGGCCUUUGAGGACAUCUUAGUCUGGUAAGGACUCAGGAGAGGUAAGCCAUGGGUCUCACUCAAGACGCCGCUCCCUGAUCUCUCUCCAUAGAAAUGGCACCCUGUCUUAGUCUUGAGCCCCCACACUACACAGCAGGGCUGGCAGCACAAAAGUGCAAUGAGAGGAAGGAUAAAGCAAUCAUCUCCUUCUGAGGAGUGGCAAGGUCUAAGAUCUGGAAUGCCUGCCUAGGGUGUUGUCUCUUCACCAUCCUGCCCAGGGUUUCCCCAGCCCUUUGAUGGAAAUAUUGUUUGCUCUCUGCCUUUAGCCUGAUUCAGCUCAGCAAAGCUCCAUCCCCUUUUCCCAUUUGUGCUAAGACUCGCUGGUGGUGCUUGUGGCUGCAGCAUUUACUCCCAGAGAAUGCACAAGCUGUGGUGUAAGCAAUCCUCUCACCACUCUCUAAAUUUUAAAAUGGGUUAAAGAAGGACAAGAAGGACAAUCUCAAGCACAUGAUUAGCCAUGUACAUUCCAGACUCACAUCGAUUGAGAGAAUGCUGGAAAAGCAUCACCACCAGGGCAGCAACGUCUCCGAGGUUGCCUGUGCUCUGAUGACAUCACACCUUUCGGUCAAGAAGUUUUUAAGAGUUUAUUUUCACAUUGAAAAUCAGUCAGAUUUGCUUCAUCCUCAAAGAGCAUGUUUAUGUAAAAUAAAAUGAAUGCUGAUGGUGAGCUGU